AUGUAUGCAUUGUGCUUUAUAUCACGGUUUUUUGUGCUGUAUAACAUAGGAUUCUCUCCAGCGCGUACAUCGUCGGCUCGUACGUCUCCGGCUCACGCGUAUCCGGCUCACUCGUCUCCGACUAACGCGUCUCCUGCAUCCACGUCUCCUGCUCAUGCGUCUCCGGCUCCACGGUUACCAGCUCGCAUAUCGCCAGCUACAGCGGCUGAAGCAGAAUCAGAUGUGGUACAACAAUCUUCCGUCAUUCCGACUAGUUUAGUUCCAAGAUCUGUAACGAGAAGAAUGGGGACUGGAAAUCUGGACGCGACCACUCUGCCAAUCUCCAGGUGCGUCACAGCUGCCGACUCACGCACACCUGGUUGA